UCCCUCGAAGGAUCCACAAAAAACCACUGCCAGUAAAAACAUAAAUCCAACCCUCAAUUCUCACGUUUCUCUCUCUUUUUCGGCUGCCUUUUCAAGUCAAACAAAUACGUCUCUGUUGGGGGUUCUACUUUUUUUGGCCUUAUCAUCAUCCUCCUCAUCAAUUCAUCAACACCAGGACGCGUUUUUGGAAGGAGAGGGGCCGUAGACUUGCAUUUUGUUUGUGCUGGAAUUUGUUUAUUCAACUCUGGAGCUUUGCACGUUUGUCGGCUCUGGCGGAGUGGUUUGAUUGAAUUGAAUUUUAGUUUCGAACAAAAUCACUUGUACCGCAGGGAUUUUUGUGUUUAGGGUUUGAUUGGAUUUGGAGCGUUUGUUGGGUGAGAGAAUGAGGGGUUCCUGGAGAUACAAAGAUUGUGUGUUGGAUGCUUUUAUACUCUGCUGCUUUUUUGUACUGAAUUCGAGCUUUUGUUUCUCUCUUAAUGAUGAAGGGGUGGCUUUGCUGAGGUUUAAGGAAGAAAUUGUUAGUGAUCCUCAAGGGGCUUUAUCGAAUUGGAUCGACGAAGUGGGAGUGGAGAAUCCUUGUUCUUGGUUUGGAGUUGGGUGCUCGGAUGGAUACGUUGUUGUUCUGAACCUCAAGGAUCUUUGUCUGAGAGGUACAAUUGCUCCGGAUGUCAGCAACCUAAUUCACAUAAAGUCUAUAGUUUUGUAUAACAAUUCUUUUUCUGGUACCAUCCCCGGCGAGGUUUCUAAGUUGAAAAAUUUGGAGUUGUUAGAUCUGCGGUAUAAUAAUUUAAGUGGGCAGCUUCCUUGUCAUCUUGGCGAUGAUAUGUCCGUGUUUAUCCUCUUGCUGGACAACAACGAGCUUCUAGAUAGCUCUAGUCGUGAUUGUAGGCUGUCUGAGAUUGAAGAGAACCGGUCAUCUCGAUCUGGACAGGCUUCGCCUUAUAAAAGCUUAGUUAUCUCACGGAAAUCAAAGGAUAAAAGAAAGGCUACCGGACGAAAGUUGCUGCAAAAUGCUAAAAAACUAAAACCUCUAAAUUAUAGUUCUCUCGUAAAUUCAUCUAUAUCUUCAUCUCCUAAGCCUGUUAAUUAUCGGACCCGUAAUCUAACCCUACCCCGAAACCUGACUCCACGGUCAUCCGCAUCUCUUCCCCCAACUCCAUCCCGACCAUCAUCAUCCAUUCCUAGUCCACCUACCCCGCUGCCCGAAGAGCCAGCAAGUUCCAACGGAAAGCCUAAACGCAUAAUGUAUGCGGCCAUUGGAGGUCCUAUCUUUUUGGUGCUUUUAGCCACCAGCGUCGGGAUUUUCUGUUAUCGAAGUGGCAAGGUUUCUACUGUCAAGCCGUGGGCUACAGGGCUAAGUGGGCAGCUGCAAAGAGCAUUUGUAACGGGGGUUCCGAAGCUGAAGAGAUCUGAACUUGAGGUUGCUUGUGAAGAUUUUAGCAACGUGAUCGGUUCAUUGACGGUUUUCACAUUGUACAAAGGUACAUUAUCGAGCGGAGUCGAGAUAGCCGUUGCAUCCAUUGCUGCAGCAUCGAAGAAAGAGUGGUCAAGUAGCUUGGAAUCGGAGUUCAGGAAGAAGAUUGAGAUGCUAUCGAAGGUGAAUCACAAGAAUUUCGUCAACUUACUUGGUUAUUGUGAGGAAGAGGAACCUUUUACCAGGAUGUUGGUUUUCGAGUAUGCUCCCAACGGAACCCUCUUUGAGCAUUUACAGAUAAAAGAAGCCGAGCACUUGGACUGGGAGACGCGUCUCCGAAUCGCCAUGGGAAUAGCGAACUGUCUCGACCACAUGCACAACCUAAAACCGCCGAUACCCCAUGGAAGCUUAACCUCUUCCUCCAUCUACCUAUCCGAAGACUACGCCGCCAAAGUGUCGAACUUCCUCUUCAGCGACAAAUUGGCAGCUGAGACCCGGCCUACCCCACAGGCCAAUGUCUACAGCUUCGGCGUCCUACUGUUGGAGAUGAUGACCGGCAAGCUCCCGUACUCGUCGGGCAACAACUCGCUUGACGACUGGGCGUCGGAUUAUCUGCAAGCCGCACGGCCUCUUGGAGAAACGGUCGACCCGACUCUAAGAACGUACCGGGAAGAUCAACUUGAAGAGAUGGAUGGUGUGAUCGGCUCGUGCGUGAAUCCCGACCCGGAGAAGAGACCGUCGAUCCGGGAAGUUUGCGCGUGGCUGAGGAAGAUUACCGGGCUCGGGCCGGACGGCGCGAUACCGAAACUUUCGCCUCUUUGGUGGGCUGAGCUUGAGAUCAUGUCGAGUGAGGCUAUUUAAGUUUAAGUUGAAGGUGGAUAUGAUUAUGGAGUGGUUUCUUCUUCAUUGUUUGGAGGAAUCUGGAAAAUUUGAAGCUCGGAAAUGGCGGAUUAUGUAUAUGUGUUUCUGUGUGUAUGUAUGUAUAUGUACAGUGGAGUUUAGCGUGAUGAGAAUUUUGAAAAUUUUGGUGUUAUAUAUGUAUAUGUAUGUAUCUAUGUAUGUAUAGUUUUGAUCGGGAGUGAUUUGAGUUGAAUCGGAUGUUAUUCAAUCGAUCUUGAA